AUGUCGCAGGCUGUAGCCGACCAACCUAGGAAGCGCCGACGAGUGACGCAGGCCUGUCAUAGAUGCAGGUCGAAGAAAUACAAAUGCGACAGCGUCCGUCCAACAUGCUCUACGUGCCAGGCUUCUGAUGCUGAGUGCAUUUACGGUACUGUGGUCAAACGCCGCGGCCUCCAAUCUGGAUACGUCAGGGCACUCGAAAUACUAUGGGGCUUGGUUUUCAAGAACAUCGAAGGCAGUCAAAACGUGGCUACCCAGCUGCUUGCUAAUCUCGCUGUUGUUAUCAAUCCUGUUGCGACCGGAACCAGUGACAAUGACCGCGCAGACGAUCUUCUGGAAAGCUGGAGGGGCAGUGGCGUACCCACCGCUAUUGAGAGUCUUCUAGACGGCGAGGUUUCCGAAAGUCCAAGGUUACAAAACGGGUCGUCUGGAAAUGCUGCUGGCCUUGCAGCUUGGUCCCUGCCACAGCCGGAUCCGCUUGUAGCAGGCACGCCGCCAUCGCCUGCAUCACCGCUACCACCACCGCAAUUCACGCCACCACCCAUCCAUGCGGUGGUCGUUCCAGAUGCGACGUACUUGCUAGAGGAUAUUGAAGCGAGACGUGCGACGCAAGAACUUUGGACGCCACUACCGUCCGACUGGCACGCCCUUACCCAGGUGUACUCCACCGUUGAACACUCAUGGUUCCCCGUUCUCGAACGACAUGCGCUCUUUCGAGUGGCAUACACAUACCAAGACCAGUGCGACUCUCGAGCUGUCCUAAUUGACCGUCAUCGAGGCGACUUCGCAACUCUGUGGGCAGUGUUGACACUCGGCGAAAUCCAUUCGGGCGGUGUGUCGUCUCCUAGGGCAACACAGUUUCAAGCGUUGUCCAGGUCUUUCCUCCCUGUGGAUUAUCUGAACGACGACUAUCUCAGUCACGCUCAGGCACUGCUUCUCUGGGCUGUCAUUCAUCUAGGUCGCAGCGAGAAGAUGCUUGCGAAGAUGGCGUUGGCACAGGCUACUGUGCUUUGUUCUGUUGACACGCACAAAACGACCUCAAAUCUCGCUAUGUCAGAGCGGCAACGGAAUCUUCUUUUGGCCGGAUGCUUUGUUAUCGACUCACUGUUGUCUUUCUCCACGGGCACAAAACCGCGAUCAACAAUUGAGGAGCUUCCUACAACAGCGCCCUGCGAUGCGUCCGGCCCUGAUGAGUGGGAACCCUUCGUUGAUAGAUUCGGACCACAGAGCUUCUCGAGUUCUACUAGCUCAAGCACUCUAGCGGUACCCAGUCGUGCGUCUAGCACAUUCAACUGUCUUGUCAGACUAACAUCUAUCCUGAAUGCCGCUGUGCACAGGCACAUGCCUGGAGCUGCGCUUGCUGCUACCCUUGAGACGUGGACAAUGAGCCUACCUACUCACCUCGCGAUGACUGUAUCAUCGAUCCGCAGUACCACAAAAAAUCUUUUACCGCCGCAACUUCACCUUCGAGCAAUUUAUUUUGCCACAACAUCCGUUAUCACUUCUAGACAAUCUAAUGGACAGAACAUUAAUUCCAGCGCAAGGGACCAGCUCAAUGGAGCUCUCCACCAACUCAGUCACAAUUUUGGCGUCAGGGCAUUGCCGGCUUCUGUGAGCGUCCUCAUUCCUAUAAUAGGGACUCUGCCACCUGCUAGCUCUGAAGGCUGGUCUCAAUAUUCUGUCCUACCACACGGCAGCGAAGUACUUGCCGAGUACAAAAGCCUCUGGGGUUGGAUUAAUAAUCCGUCAUCUCCCAAGUUUGAUGCUCACGCAACAGCAAACUUCCUGUCACACGAAUCGUCAUACCGUCCCACCAUUUCCGAAACAACACAUGACCUAGGCGAGGUGUACAACUUCGAUACCGACACAGGCGAGCACAACAGGCACAUAAUGGUAUCCGAUCUAGACACGUCUGAGCAACUGGAUGUAAACAUAUUUUCGACCACACCGGAUCAGUUUAGAGACUACUUGGCUCUGCUUGAGCAAAACGAAAGCACUGGUAAUGGUCAAGACUUCAUGCAGUCGCUUGGAUUCUUCGAGGAUUUUGACUAUAGAGAUAUGUAA